AUGGGUCAAAGUGUAUCGUGGUUAUCCGGCCUGCUCUGGGCGAAGAAGGAGAUAAGAAUCUUAAUCCUAGGUCUUGAUAACGCCGGGAAAACGACAUUAUUAUACCGAUUGAAGAUAGGCGAAGUAGUAACGACAAUCCCCACGAUCGGGUUCAACGUCGAGUCGGUAACAUACAAGAACCUAAAUUUCAACGUGUGGGACCUCGGUGGACAGACCUCGAUCCGGCCCUACUGGCGGUGUUACUACGCGAACACGGCCGCUGUCAUCUUCGUUGUCGAUAGCACGGACAUCGAGCGUCUUCAGACCGCAGCCGAGGAGUUGGCUGCUAUGCUCAACGAGGACGAAUUGAGGGACGCCGCGCUCCUGGUAUUUGCCAACAAGCAAGAUCAACCUGGUGCCAAGGGUGCGGGAGAGAUAUCCGAGGCUUUGCGACUGGGCGAAUUGAGGGAUCGCAACUGGAGCAUUGUCGCGUGCUCGGCCGUUGACGGAAGCGGUGUCAACGAAGGCAUGGAUUGGUUGGUGCAAACCGUGUCGCAGGACUAA